AAUUCUAGUUCGAUUUGAUAGAUCACAAAUAUUUAGGGAUUAGAGCGGUCUCCCUUUUUACACGACGAGGUAAACGAUCCCACCUCACGCCGUCGCGCUCGCCGAAGCAACCUUCACUCCUUCCUCUCACCGGAGGUCGCUGGGGGUUGCCGGCGCUCAAGUCUCAACCGCCAUAGCGACGUUCCACCGACGCGCGAACUCGGACGCCAGCGGCCUGAGAGCACCAGAGCCAUCUCCCCUCCUUGAGCUCCGACAAUAUUGAGCUGCUCGUCUCAAUUAAGAGGUGGAAGGCUGACUUAGGUUGCGACCACCAAGAUUUGCAAGAUUGAAGAUAUUUGAUGGUCUAAGUGAUGGAGGCUAAUUUCUGCUACUGAUAAUGUGGUUAUGGAGGUAGGGCAAUUUCUUGAAGAUGAAAAAGGUGAGCUCGCUUCAGUUGUCAUUAUUAACCAUGAUGGUAGGGAGGUUACUACCAAGAAGCCUGAUUUAGAAGAUCUACUUCAAUCUGAGAAGGCUGAUGAUUCAAGAAAGUCACAUGCUGGGAUUGAGGAAGAGAUGUCGGGCAAAUCUCUUAAUUCUUCUCCCACGAGGAUGGUCGUAGAGGAUCAGAUAUCUGGGAGAUCUAACAUUUCAUCUUGUAUUGACAAGCUUCAGCCUGAGAAUGCAUCUAAUGAAGGAAUUCCAAGUUCUCUGGAACUCAGUACCAUCCAUAUUGUUGAAGUGGGAAUUGCUCAAAGAUGUUCUAAGGCAACAAAUAAGGAUGAAGCUAGUAGUAAAUCAUCUGUUCCCAAGUCUUGCACUAUCUCAUUGCCAGAUUUUUCUAUUUUAAGUGGAGAGAUCCGCCUGGAUAAUUUCUCAAUAAGAGAAUUACAGGAAGCUUUUAGAGCUACCUUUGGGCGCCAGACUUCCGUGAAAGAUAAGUUAUGGCUGAAACGGCGGAUAGCGAUGGGGUUAACUAAUUCCUCUCAUGUUCCAGAUACUGAUUUUGUUAUCAAAGACAACAAAAUAGUUCUCAAUGAGGAAGAAAAUAGAAAGCUACAGCCAACUCAAGCCGGAUCUGGAUCCUCUUUAGACAUGCAUGUAAUAAAUGCCAGUCCUAAAAAAUUAGAAACUAGUAUGAUAGGUGCAAUUUCAGAUGAACAAGUGUCUGCUAAGAGACUGAAAACACCUUCCUCAAAAGAUAAUUCAAAAGAUGAUUAUUAUCAGAUAGAGAAGUUUGUUGUCAAACGGAUGAGGAAGCCCACAAAGCGGUAUAUUGAAGAACUCUCAGAGCAUGAGGAUAUGGAAUGUGCUGUUAAAUCAUACUCUUGCUCAAAAAAUCUAGAACGUGUUUAUUCCCCUUCAAAAUCAUCAUGGGCUAUUGGUGAUGUUGAUUUCCCUAACAGAAUAUUUUCUGCAAGAUAUAUACCUCCUGCAGGAUUCAAGUUUCAGGUUCCAUUUGUACUUAGAGCCAGAAGAUGUAGACCAAGAAAGGAUUUCUCAGUUUUUAUGAAGUACCAGUCCAGUGGUCUUUGUCCCACGGUAGAAGCAUCUACUAUGACUCCUGUUCAAGAAGAAAGUGGGAGUGGGAGUGGAAGCAGAUCAAGGGAACUUAGUUCUGUUGCAGUCCAGAGUUCCAUUGCUGAGGAAGACAUGAAAGUGGAUAAUGGCACAUUCAACUGUGAAGAAAAGACGGAUGUAGAACAUGGAAAGUUAGAUGACCAUGGCAACUCUUUUCCAGUUAAUGCUAACACGCAGCCAGCAGAACCGAAGUCUAGUGAAAGGAGGAAGCAUCACAGGGCUUGGACUCUGUGUGAGGUCCAGAAGCUAGUUGAUGGAGUGGCUAAAUAUGGCGCUGGAAGAUGGUCUGAGAUUAGAAGACUUGCAUUUGCCUCGUAUUCUUAUCGGACCCCUGUCGACCUUAAAGACAAAUGGAGGAACCUACUAAGAGCUAGCUUAUCACAGUGCUCAAUUGAAAAGGGGGAAAGGAACUCCCGGAAAUAUACUUCAGUACCAAUACCGACACCCAUUCUAUCUCAGGUGAGGGAAUUAGCAGAACUCCAUGCUCAGGCUGGUCUAAAACUCGGGACCAAGAAAUCUACAGACAAUGAAGGCAGAGCAGGCGUUCAUGAAGAAGGAUCUGGUUUUUUGUGACGCACUUUGUAAAUAAAUAAUUAAAACUAGUAUAAUGUAGUGCCAUUUAGUCACUCCUGUAUCAUAUGUAGAUUAUGUAGAGUUAACACGGUUUAUGCGUGGCAGGCAAGCCAGGAUCAUCUAGCUUCCGCUUGAGUUUAAACAAUCAUCAACUGAAGGCAACCCGCCAAAGAAUUCACUCAGAAUUGAUUCAAUGAACACUUGUACAACUUGUGCUACUCAAAGAGGUGUAAUGGAUCUAUUUAUAGAGCAUUUUUAUUUUUUUUUCA